AUGAAACCCUCCGUCAUUAUCGCGCUGGCCGUAGCCUGUAUGGCCGCCCCCAUGUCUCCUCAGGGAGCCUACAAGGACGCCCUUGACAUCAUCAACGGUCAAGCCUCCAAGUUCAACGAUGCGGGUCUCAAAAAGCGCCAUGGCCAAGAGCCCGAUACCUUCAACGUCAUCUUCAAGGACGGUGUUUCCAUCGACCAGAUCUCCGAGCAUCUGAAGCUGCUGGACGGCUUGAUCAACAAGGACUCUCUCAAUGGAAUCAAGAACGCCUUUGAUCUGCCUUCCCAAAAGGACGGCUCCGGCCUCAUGGGCUACAGCGGUCACUUUGACAAGAGCAUUGUCGAGGCGCUCGGCAAGUUCUCCGACUUGGUCACCAUCGAGCAGGACCGCGUCCAGAAGCUUCCCACCUUUGAGGGCUUCAAGUCCACCUCCAAUGUCUAUGAGAGCUCUUCCUACGGAUCCGACUGGAGUAUGAGAGACGACUUUUUCUCCUGGUGGAGAAACUCCAACACCUGGGGCGACUGGUGGUACGCUCGAAAGCCCGAUACCCAGCCCGGAGCCUGGCCCCAGCCCAAGCCCCGGCCUGAGCAACCCGUCCAGCCUAUUGGAGAUAACCCGACUUCUCCUGCUCCUGCUCCUGCUCCUGCUCCUGCUCCUGCCACCGAGGAGCCCAGGCCCGAGACACCUGCAGCUCCCUCUUCUCCCGCCACCUUUCAGGAAGUUCCCACCAAGAACUGGGGUCUUUUUCGAGUCUCCCACAAGCAAAACUCCCGUGACCAGACCCAGUACGCCAUGAACAAGAACACCCUGAACCCCACUGUCGCCUACAUUGUUGACUCUGGUAUCCGAACCUCCCACCGAAUGUUCGAGGGCCGAGCCUCCUGGGGAGCCAACUUUGCUGACAACUCCAAUGUGGACUUUGAGGGUCAUGGUACCCACGUGGCAGGCACCGUCGGAGGAGCCGGCUUCGGUGUAUCUCCCUCCACCAAGCUGAUUGCCGUCAAGGUGUUCUCUGGAAAGUUUGGAAGCUCCUCCCAGAUCAUGCAGGGCGUGUCCUGGGCCAUUGAUGACUACGUCAAGAACAAGGCCAAGUAUCCUCGAGCUGUGAUCAACUUUUCUGGUGGAGGAGACACCUCCGAGGCCGAGGACGCGCUCUUUCGAAAGGCUGUUGAGAUGGGCAUGGUUGUGGCCGUUGCUGCUGGUAACGAGAACUCCGACGCUUGCUACGUUUCCCCUGCCCGAGCCGGUGCUGGCACCGCCGGAUUCAUCACUGUCGGAGCCUCCUCCGCCGACGACUCUCUCGCCUUCUGGAACGCCCAAACCAACAAGGCCUCCAAUUGGGGCAGAUGCAUCGAUGUCAUUGCCCCCGGUACCGAGAUUCUUUCUGCCGACUACCAAACCGACAACGGUAUCCUUUCCAACUCUGGAACGUCCAUGGCCACUCCCCACGUGGCUGGACUGGCCGCCCAGCUGAUGGCUACCUCGUCCGAGCUGCUUACUCCCGCCCAGGUGGAGGAGCAGAUCAUCAACCAGAACAACGGUAAGAUCACAGGAAGACUCAACGGUACCCCCAACAAGCUCGCCUACAACGGCUCCGGUCGUUAG